AUGUUAAAGAGAUACUUUUAUAAAUGGGUAGAAUAUCACAUAUCAAAAAUAAACCAGAGACAGUUUUUGAUCAAUGCCACCAUCUUCAGAUACAAACAACUAUUUCGGAAAGUAACUAAAACUAAAAUAUUUGAUAGACGAUAAAAGCAAUUAAAUAAUAGAGACACACUGAGUAUCAAACCUUAUUGAAACAAAAAGUUUUCAAAGCCUUCAAAACCAUAAUCUAAAAUGUAUACCCAUUCAUUCUACCUUUCAAUAGAGACAAGUUAUUCUUAAGUAAAUCAAAAUUCUCAAAUUGAAGAGAUAUUUUGAAAAAAUGAAAAGUGUAGCAUAAGGUUAAAUAAAGGACAGAGAAGUUAAUAAUGCCAUUAUUGAAUGUUACAACGAUAAAUUAUUAAUGAAAUGGUUUCUAAAAUUAAGGAAAGCAUCAAAAAUUUUGAAAAAGAGAAAGAAUAAUGAAAAAACAAUCAUAAAAAAGAAGAAGUAAUUAUAUUUUGAUAAAUGGGUGAUUGAACUGUAAAAUUAUAGAUUACACCUCUAAUUACUUUAAGAUUCUACUGUAUAUUAUAAUGAAGUCUUAAUAAAAAAAGCGUUUAAAGGUUGGAAAAGACAUAUGUUAGAUUCAAAGAUAUAUUAAACUCAAUUGGAAUAGGUUUGUAAAAUAUUUAAGAGUUGGAGGAAUUACACAAAAGAAUAAAACAAUAAAAGAAAUUCUAAAUACUAACCAAUACAUAAUAAAUGGAGAAAACAAACAUUUUUUAAUUAUUGGAAGGAUGCAACUUUGGAUUCUUAAAAAGAUAAACUAGCGAAAGGAUUCUACAUGUACAAGAUUUUUUAGAGUUGGAAAUAGUAUAUAGAAGAAAUCAAAUAAAUAUAAUUGAAGUUGUAGGAUAAAGAAUUAAUACUGACAGUCUAAAUUGAGAAGAAAAGAAAAAAACGAUAUUUGAUAUUUUGGAGACGUGCUUAUGAAAGCAAAAUAGAGAAGAAAGGGUUAAAUAAAGUAAUGUUACAAGCAAAGUUGAAAUAAAGAAAAUUGGAACUUUUAAUUUAAGGGUUUAGAUCAUUCAAAAAUAACUGGAAAUUGAACAAAUAUUAAUAGUAUAAGAGGAUUAAAUUUGUUUAAAUGAUCUUUUAUUCAAUUAAAUAUUUUACAGAUCUUUCGAAAAUGAAGAUGGAAUAAUUAAUAAAUUAUUAAAAUAAAAAGAGAUUACAAUAACUAAGCAAAGUAUUUAAUUCAUUAAAAUAUGAUUACGAUUUGAUAAAGUAAAAAGAUGAGAAGGCCCAAAAUUAUUAUAAUAGUAUAUAUAAAAUAAUAUUUAGAAAGAUUAUAAAGAGAUUACUUUCAGUUGUUUAUAAAAGGAGUAAUAAAAUAAUACUAAAGGGAGUUGAAAUUAAGUUCCCAAUUCUACAUCUAAAGAAGAAUUAUCUAUACAUUUGGUGCUUUGAAAUCACACUGGGAAUCUUAAAGGAAAAUAAAAAUGAAUAAGAAAAAGUUAGAGAAAUAUUUAGGAAUUAAGCAAUUUAAACUGUUAAAGAACUCAUUCAAAAAAAUGAGAGCAUAUCUUAUAAGUUUGAGAAAAGGAAAGAAAAAGUAUGAUAAAUAUUUCGAUUUAAUUAUAGAUUAUUGUAAUUAGAAUUCAAUGUGUUUUAUCAAUGGAGGCUAUAGACAAAGUUGAAAAUGCUAAAAAAGCAAUGUUGA